UGGAAAGAGGAUGUGGGAUUAGGGUGAUGUAGGGGGAGGGGCACCAGAGCCUACCCUGGGCAGUUCUUUGUCCAUUCUGUCCUCCUGCCUGGGAGAACAGGACAUCUCCUUGAUUAGGCCUGACACCCUCAGCCCCUCCUCAGGAUGGAUGUAGGACCCAGCUGCCAGCCCCAACAUGGAUUCUACCUGCUGCUGCUUCUGCUGGCUCUGCCGCUCAGGGGCCAGGCCAGCACCAGCUGCUAUGGAAUCCCAGGGAUACCAGGACUGCCGGGGACUCCUGGGAAGGAUGGGCAUGAUGGACUCCCGGGGCCAAAGGGUGAGCCAGGGAUCCCAGCCAUCCCAGGGGCACGAGGACCCAAGGGUCAGAAGGGCGAGCCUGGCUUGCCUGGCCAUCGUGGGAAAAAUGGCCCCAUGGGGACCUUCGGGUUGCCAGGGGAUCCAGGCCCCAUGGGACCUCGUGGGGAGCCGGGUGAGGAGGGCCGAUACAAGCAGAAGCACCAGUCAGUGUUCACCGUCACCCGGCAGACCUCCCAGUACCCAGCAGCCAACGGCCUGGUCAAGUUCAAUGCUGUCAUCACCAACCCCCAGGGGGACUAUGACACCAGCACGGGGAAGUUCACCUGCAAAGUGCCCGGCCUCUACUACUUUGUCUACCACGCGUCACUGACGGCCAACCUGUGCGUGCAGAUGUACCACAACCAUGCCAAGGUGGCCAGCUUCUGCGACCACAUGGCCAAUAUCAAGCAGGUCACUUCAGGAGGAGCUCUGCUGCGGCAGCAGAGGGGCGAUGAGGUGUGGCUGGAAGUCAAUGACUACAACGGCAUGGUGGGCACUGAGGGCUCGGACAGCGUCUUCUCGGGCUUCCUGCUCUUUCCUGACUAGAGUGGCAGGCGGGCUCCAGCCCCCAGCCCCCAGCCCCCCGCCUCACUUCCUCGGCUUCCUCCAUUCUCACUCAGACCCUUCCACACUGCUGACCUCUUCCUCCAGGAGGUCUGCCUGGGUCCUGACCCAGCUUCUUCAGGAACUGCCUACUGAUACCAUUCCUGUGGCAGUUUGCCAAUACCUUGAGACUGUCUGUUUGUUUUCAGGUGGGGAGAUAAAUAAA